GGGAGGCGGUGGCGGGCCCGGCCGGUGCGCGGGCGGCCGCCGGGCUGCCUCAGCCAUGGGCUGGCUGCCGGCGCAGGGCCGGCUGGCGGCGGGGCUGCUGGUCAAUCUGGCCGCCUCCAUCUGCAUCGUCUUCCUGAACAAAUGGCUGUACGUGCGGCUGGGCUUCCCCAACCUCAGCCUCACCCUGGUGCACUUCGCCAUCACCUGGCUCGGCCUCUACCUGUGCCAGGCGCUCGGCGCCUUCUCCCCCAAGAGCCUCCAGCCCGCGCAGGUGCUGCCGCUGGCCCUCAGCUUCUGCGGCUUCGUCGUCUUCACCAACCUCUCCCUGCAGAGCAACACCAUCGGUACCUACCAGCUGGCCAAGGCCAUGACCACGCCGGUCAUCGUGGUCAUCCAGAGCGUGGCUUACGGCAAGACUUUCCCUCUGCGGAUCAAGCUGACCCUGGUCCCCAUCACGCUGGGUGUUUUCCUCAACUCCUACUACGACGUGAAGUUCAAUGUUCUGGGGAUGGCGUUCGCCACCCUGGGCGUGCUGGUGACCUCGCUGUACCAAGUGUGGGUAGGUGCUAAGCAGCACGAGUUGCAGGUAAACUCUAUGCAGCUGCUGUACUAUCAGGCACCGAUGUCCUCAGCCAUGUUGUUGUUCAUCAUUCCCUUCUUCGAGCCAGUCUUUGGAGAGGGGGGAAUAUUUGGGCCCUGGACACUUUCUGCUGUGAUAAUGGUACUGCUGUCUGGAAUAAUAGCCUUUAUGGUAAACUUGUCCAUUUACUGGAUCAUUGGAAAUACGUCACCUGUCACAUAUAACAUGUUUGGACAUUUCAAGUUCUGCAUCACCCUCCUGGGAGGGUGCCUCUUAUUUAAGGAUCCAUUGUCGGUUAACCAAGGCCUUGGGAUUCUGUGCACACUGUUUGGCAUUUUAGCCUACACCCACUUCAAGCUUAGUGAGCAGGAAAACAAUAAGAGUAAAUUGGCCCAGCGUCCAUAGAGCAAGAGUUUCUGAAGACUGUUGUGAAGGAAAAAAAGUAUUUAAAUAUGCAUUGAUUUUAGAAUGCACAAAAUUGCCUCAUCUACUUAGAUCUAUGGUUUUAGUUUAAGUGCCAGGAUUGUUAUUCUGUAACUAAACCAAACAAACUGAAGGAUGUAAAAUUCUGGGGUUUUGCCAUCUCAGUCUGUCCUAUCAUUUUCAUUAAAUUAAAACACUAACUUGAAAGAGAAAAAGGCACACUUCAAAUUGCUGUGGAAAUUGUAUUGAAGUAAUUAUAUUUUUUGCAUACCAAAUGAGAUCAUGAUGGCUACAGUUAUAGUACAGAGAAAAAGAAAAGGAAUCCUUUCUCUGUGAUCAAGCCAGUAUUGCCAUUGUGAAGAAAUUUGGAGACACUUUUAUGCAUAUGUUCUGGUGUGUAGUGAUGCUUCCUCAUUUGUGUCCAAUGAACAAUGAAGAGGGAGACAUACUUUGUCCAAUCAUUUUUAAAAAAAGGCUGCCAGACUCAUUCCUAUUUGUUAUAUAUGCUUUCUUAUAUAUGGCUUCAACACAGGGGUAGAUUUUUAGAUGAAGAAAGUAGAUAAAAUUACAGGUGAAGAGAAAAACAGAAAACUUGAAGCCACAGGCCAAGCUGUGGGAAAGUAGGAAAUUGGAUCUAAACAGUUCAUCUUAAUUUUUUCUUCUAAUUUGUCAGGACAUUCAUGAAGUAAUUGACGUUUUGAAAAUGUUGUUACUGCUUUAUCAUUUUCUCUGUGCCAAAACCAAGACUUUACACAAGAUCUUGUAAAUACUACCUGUGAGCCCAAUAAAAUCUCUGGUUUUGUGGUAGUAACC